AAAGGCGCUGGCUCUUCGGGGCCCUCUGGCGGCUGCUGCUCGCUGCGCGCGGCUGGACACCUGGAAAGCGUUGUGCUUCAUCAGCUCGACCAACAAGAGCUGGCUCCAAUGGUUGAUGAUGCUCUCGCGAAAGACUCCGUCCUUAGUGGCGGGAAUUGCGGCUGGACGGGGUCUCCGCUUGGAGAGCAUCUUGAGGAAAUCCAACAUCUUCUCUCCCCAUCUGCCGAAUGUCUCCGCUGCAAGGGGGACGAACCGAAAGCCGGCUGCGCGGGCGGGAGAGCCAUAUUUGUCGGUCUUGUCCUUCUCCGCGAGAGCCGCUGCCUUACCGCCAGGCAGCUGUACGCCGCGCCGGUUCACCGUUCGGUGAACGGAAUGGGAGAGUCGUCGGGUUGGCAGGGAUGGGUGAUGGUGACAUCGAGCAGAUAGUCAUAGCCGUCGAUCACAGAGUAGAUGUCCAUGCGCUGGCUGUUGGGAUUGUCGUCGGGUGGGGUGAUGCCGAGGCUGUGCAGGGACACCUCAAUGUUGGAGGUGACAUCUGCCUCCGCCAGGAUGCGAACGAACAGGUUGCGCAUGUUGUUGUGUCUCAAGUUCCGUUCACGUCCGGUGUUGCAGAUGAAGUAGUGAUCAUCAAACUUGUCGACGUCACCGCCGCAGAUGCAUUUCUGCGAGACAGUUGCGUGCAGGAGGGCGAUGCCGAGGCACUCAGCAACAGCGUGGCGAUACUGGAAGUUGUUCAGCGCCUUCUGCUCACUGGACGGGAUGGCCGACAGCCACCCAGACGAGAGAGGCCCGCGGCAGCUCAGAAGGCGACUGCGGGCCCGACCAUCAGGCGGGAGGGAGUCGAAGAGGUUGUUGAAGCGAGACUUGUCUAGCUGGUCGCACGUUGGAGUCCGUGUACAGUCCGUGUGAGCGUCAUUUGCUCGCUUUGCGGUCCUUGUGGACACAGACAUUCAGCACUUUCUCCAUGCAUGAAUCCAUCCACACCCACCCCAAUUACUCUCAGAAUGAUGCGGAUCGUGACGCCGAUCAAUCGGCAGCUGGACAACCUUGCAGACAUCGAGAUGCUCCCAUUCUGCGCUGCAAACGGCAAGUGUCGCUGAGGAGAGAAUGAGGCCAUACAAGGGCGGCACACAGAAGCUGGAAACGGGGGAAGGAAGAGCAGCAGGACAAAUGUUCAGAGGGGCUAUUCUGUUGAGGCCCCUCUCUUUCCUUUCGCCUGUCGAUGCUCCUUUGCCUCAGAUUCGUUCGUGGGUGUGGACAUCGGACUUCUGUGAGGCCGUGAGGCCGCUCGCGCUACGCGUCAACUGCUUCCCCCUCAGGUAUCUGGUCGAUGGAAAAGUAUAUGGCGCUGUUGUUCGAGAAGUAUAUGGCACUGUUUGUUGCCAGUAGAAUCGAUGGGGAAUGAUGGCUAUGGCCUUCUGGAGCUCGGUUUCCGUGAUCUUGUGUCUGCAAACCCAGUGCGAGCUUCAAGUGAUGUCGAGGCCCCCACGGCGCCCCCAUGCUCCAACGCAUGUGAAGCUCUCUCACGCCCUUUGGAGCUAGGUGGACUGGCAGUAGAAUGUUGAAUCUGUCUUGAC